GUUUUUUUGUUUUAUCGGAUUUGAACUAAUAUGCCACCGUAGUAUAGAAGCCAGGGGUAUUUUUUAUCAUUUUAAGGACUGGGUAUUAUAUAUAAAUACCUGCUUCCCUCCUCGAGCUGUGUCCUCGAUGGGUAACGAAGACCAAACCUCCAGCAUAUAGAACUUCAAUCUUUGACUUCGGGCGAAAUUUGAAAGCAAUAUCUCAGCCUAGACAUUACCCACGCCAUGUCUCCUCCUCGAACGCUUCCGACUAGCCAACUAGGCAAGAAUGGUCCUCAUGUUCCCAAGCUUGGGUUCGGCUUGAUGGGCCUUAGUGUUGGAAUGGGCGAAAUAGCGUACGUUGAAGUAAUCCAAGGGUUAUACUGGCUUAUAGACUAACUAUAUGCAAAGUCCUGAUGAAGAGCGAUUUAAAAUUCUCAACAGAGCCUGGGAGCUCGGAGAGACAUUUUGGGAUAGCGCAUUUGCCUACGGCGACAACGAGGAUCUCGUGGGCAAAUGGUUUAAGCUGCACCCAGAACGUCGAGGCGACAUCUUCUUGGCCACUAAAUGGGCACUCGAGUUUGGCGGUGACUCCAGCCCAGUCAUAUCCGUCAACAGUUCACCCGAAAACUGCAUUAAAAGCUGCGAACGUUCUUUGAAACGACUAGGAGUUGAUAGCAUAGACUUGUUUUAUUGCCACCGCUUCGACGACGUAACUCCCGUUGAGAAGUCCGUAGAAGCUAUGGCAAAGCUCAAGAAGGAAGGCAAAAUUAAAUAUCUCGGCUUGUCUGAGUGUUCCUCCAGUACACUCCGGCGUGCUCACGCUGUGCACCCAAUCUCGGCUGUGGAGGUUGAAUACAACCCCUGGUCGCUCGAUAUCGAAAGCGAGGAGGGGACCAACUUGCUUGCUACUUGCCGAGAGUUAGGGGUUGCCAUCGUCGCCUACUCGCCCCUUGGUCGCGGUUUCUUGACCGGGCGCUACAAGUCUCGAGACGAUUUCGAUCCAAAUGAUUCCCGCAGGUGGUUUCCAAGAUUUAGCCCAGAGAACUUCCCGAAGAACCUGGACUUGGUCAAGAAGUUCGAAGCCUUCGCGGAGAAGAAAGGUCACACGCCAAGCCAGUUGGUGCUGGCGUGGAUUAUGGCUCAAGGAGAUGAUUUCUUCCCUAUUCCAGGAACCAGGAAUAUCAAGUAUCUCGAGCAGAACCUUGGCGCAUUAGACGUCAAGCUCACCGCCGACGAGAGCCAGCAGAUUAGGGACCUCAUCGGAAAUUUGCAAGUUGCAGGAACCCGAAACAUAGCACUUGCAAAUAUCCCGGCGCAACAUCUACAGGACACUGUACCCUUAAAAUAAACCCGGUAGCUUGGACCCAUGCUAUCUCAUAGUUUAGGUAGCCAGCACAGCCAAAUUGAGCAUACACUCUUGCUUUAUUAUAAUUAGCCAGUAUUUCGUGUCAUGAUCGAGUAACGAGGAUUGGCCUACUAGAUCCUAUUAACUCAGUGAAAGCUCUAGUAGGGGCCGUUGGGAGCGAUU